AUGGAUUUACCAUCCAUUAAUUUAAUAACAUCAGCAUCACUCAAUGAUGUCGUACGUGAAUUGCCAGUAUUAUCAUUGGCUAAUCCAGGUAUGGAACGAAUUGUUGAUAGUAGUACAGCUGAAUAUACAUCAAUGUUACUCAAUUGUCGCGAUGGUUCAUUAGCACAACAACUUGCACAUAAACUUUCAAUUGUUGCAAAUACAGCUACAUCAAUUACACUCCGUCAUCCGUCAGAUCCAACACCAUUAUCAAUACAUACAUUACCUCCUCUUUUACAAACAACAAUACAGUAUAAUCCAAAUAUUUUUAAUGGAGUUUGUCAUACUCCAUCAUCAUUUUCACGUCCUUUUUCAUCACCCACUAAUCCAUAUACUCAUUAUCCAAAUCAUCAUUUUCCACAACAAAUCAGUCCGAAUAACAGUGGAUAUAAUCCAACAACAGCAUCAUCAGUAUCACCUUAUGCUUCACGUGGUUUUAUGCCAACAACAACAACAACAACACCAGCAAUAAAUCAAACACCUGAUUGUCAACCAAUACUUUAUCCUCAAACAUCACCACUUGCUACUCAUCGUCCAACACGACCAACAGCUGUUGUACCACCUUUACCAAAAGAUCCAAUUAUAUCAUCACCAAUCGGUUCAAUGACAACUGCAUUAUCAAUGACACCAUUAUCAUCAUCAUCAUCAUCUUCAAAUAAUUAUCAACAAGUUUCACCACAAAAAUCAUCAAAUAAUGAAUUAAAUAAUUAUCAAAAACAGAUCGAUACAUUACAAUCACAUGAACAUAUAAAUAAAAAUUCACAAUCAAUAACAAAUAAUAAUAAUAAUAAUGCAAAUGAAAAUAUGACAAAAAAAUCUAGUCCAAUUCUUAAACCAGAACCACCACAACAAAUAGAAAAAAUACGUAUUAAUCUUACCAAAAUACAACAUGAAGAACCAGUAUUAAUUAAAACUGCAUCACCUUCAAAACAACGUUCAAUUAAACCAAACAUUCCACAACAAUUAAAUCAUUUACCAGCUGAUUUUACACCAGAUUUAAUUAAAGAAUUAUUACAAGAUGGUUAUUCACUUGAUAAUAAUUCAGGUGAACGUUCACUUCGACAACGUCGUUCAGCAAAUAGUAAUACAACAUCAUUAAAUAAUUCACCAAAGAAAAAACGUAUUCGAAGUUUAUCAACAGAAGAUGAUGAUGAUGAUAAUAAUAAUAAUGAACAUGAUGAUGAUAAUAAUAUCAAUGAUAUUGAUAAUGAUGAAGAACAACAACCAUUAAAAAAACGUAUACGUCGUACAAAUGAUAAUUCAAUUAAUCAUAAUUCAAUUGAUGUUAUGAGUGCAUUAAAUAAAAAAACACGAGAUCGUUUAGCACGUAAAGCAUUAGAUAUUGAUGCUGAUCCACAAGAAAAUACAUCAUAUCAACGUUUUAUACAAUUAUUAGAUAUAUUUAAUGAUGAUUAUGAACGUCAUCAUGAACAAUUUGAACAAACACCUGAUGAUCAUUAUCUUGAUUUAUUAUUAUCUGAUCAUACAUUAGAUGAAAUGGCAAUAUUAUCUGAAAAAUUAAAACUUUCAACAUAUAUGUCACGUAUUGAUCGUAUGAAAUUAAAACGUUUAUUAGAAAUAUUAUCAUUACGUAUAAAACAAGGUAUUGAAAUAAGUCCUAUACUUAAACAUGAUAUUAAUGAUGAACAAAUUAAUGAAGAAGAAGAACGUAUAUGGAGAGAUAUAGUAUUUGAACGUUUAACAAUGUGUGCUAAUGCUUGUGAAAUAAGUUUAAAUAUUAUGACAACAGAUAAUAUGCCAAAAGAAAUUCUUAUUGAACAUGUUAUUGAACAUACAGCUUUAUUUAUUAAAGCACAAUUAGCUAAAACAAUAUUUCCUGAAUAUGAUCCAUUAUAUAGAAAUGAUAAUCAUUCAAAAGAUCCUUCAUUAACGAAACAAAAACGUUCAAAAGUUACAGGAACUAAAUGCAAACAAGUUCAAAUACUUUAUAAUAAAAUUGUUUCACUUUUUCAAGGAAUUACAGAUUUAAUGCCAUUAGGAAAAUAUACAGAUACAAUUAUUCUUGCUAUUUCUUCAUUCACUGUUAGUUGUAUUUAUGUUGAAAAUAUUGUUGAUAUUCAAGCACAUUCAUUACGUAUUCUUACUGAAUUAUUUUCUCGUUAUGAACAUCAUCGUGAUUCAAUACUUGAAGAUCUUCUUUUAUCAAUAGCACGUUUACCAACAAGUAAAAAAAGUCUUCGUUGUUAUCGUUUACCAUCAGGUGAAUCUAUACAAAUGUUUACAGCAUUAAUUAUGAAUUUAAUUCAUGCACCUGUAUCAUUAGGAUCAAUAAUAAAUUUAAAUAUAAUUGAUACAACAAAUGAAUUAUAUUUAUUAAAUACAUAUACAACAGCACAAAAUUUAGCAUUUAAAUUUUUAACAUUAUUUUUUCGUUCAUGUGGAACAAAACAAGGUGAAGAUGAUUAUCGUAUUGUAUUUGAAAAUUUUUUAGCUGAUUUACUUGUUACGGCUAAUCGACCUGAAUGGCCAGCAUCAGAAAUUCUUUUAACAUUAUUAUCACGUAUAUUAAUGACAAAUUUUUCCAAUCAUUCAUUACCAAUCAAUACACGUUUACAAUCAUUAGAUUAUUUAGGUUCAGUUGCAGCACAAUUAAGAAAAGAUACAAUUGAUAAUGAUGUUUUAAAUUCAAAAGAAAAUCAAGAUAAACUUGAUCAAAUUGUUUAUAAAACUUUAUCAAGUAUUGAAUUGGAUGAAGAUGUUAUGGAAGUUUAUAAAACUGAUCCAUUACGUUAUCAUCGUAGUUUAGUUAUUUAUCUUAAUGAAUUAAGUUUAAGUGAUCAAACAAGUCAUUAUGCAAAAAUGUUUCAUAUUGGUCAAUGGCUUCGUGAUAUAAAUUUAACAGUAGAACGUUUAACUCAAACAUUAACAAGACGAAUGAAAUCUGGUCAAACAGAAUUAGUUGAUGAUGAUGUUGAUGAAUCAAUGAAUAAUAAUAAUAAUAAUUCUAAACCUUCAAUAUCAAUUGAAGAUGAAAUUGAAAUGAAAAAAACUGAAAAAUUUUCUAUACUUAAAAUGCUUUCAAUGCCUGAAACAGCACGUAAACAACAACGAUAUACAUUAGAUAUUGAAUAUGAUGAUAUAUGUUUAUUAAUGCGUUAUUUAACAUCAAAUAGACCAUUUUUAAAAACAUUUGAUGUUUAUCUUAAACAAUUAGCAGCUAUAUUUCAAUCCGAAGCUGGAACAAAUAUUCGUAGUAAAGCAAUGAAAUGUUUAUGUACAGUUGUUGAAGCUGAUCCAACUAUUUUAGCACGUAAUGAUAUUAAAUCAUGUGUUAAAGUUGGUUUAACAGAUAAAAGUAUUAGUGUACGUGAAGCAGCUAUUGAUCUUAUUGGAAGAUAUAUUGUACAAAAACAAGAACUUAUUUUACAAUAUUAUGAUGUUCUUUGUGAAAGAAGUAUUGAUACAGGUGUAAGUGUACGAAAACGUGUUGUUAAAAUUUUUCGUGAUGUUUGUUUAAAUCAACCAAGUUUUAAUCGUAUACCUGAUAUAUGUUCACGUUUAUUACGACGUAUUCAUGAUGAAGAAUCUAUACGUAAAUUAGUUCUUGAAACAUUUCAACAAUUAUGGUUUUCUCCAAUACGUAAUCAACAAGAUGUACGACAACGUGUUCAAACAAUAAUUGAUGUAUUAGUUGAUGCCCAAAAACAAAAUUAUACAUGGUUAGAAAAUUUAGUUAAAGAAUUUCUUCAAACAAAUGAUAAACAAUCAAUUGAUGAUAAGAAAAAAGUUCGAGAACAACGUAAAGAUGUUUUAAAAGCUAUACAAGAUAUUAUUAAUGAAUUAGUUGAAUCAAUACUUAAAAUUGAAUCAGCCAAUGAUCAAGUUUCAUCAAAUAAAAUGGUUGCAACAUUUAUAGCACUUUAUGCAUUAGGUAAAGCUAAACCUGAACAUGUUUUACCACAUGUAUCAACUAUAGUUGAAUAUUUAAAUAUAAAAUGUACAUCAUAUAAUGAUAAUAUUAUUGUUCAAUAUGUUGCAAAAAUACUUGAAUUUACAGUUCCAUUAAUGAAAUCAGCAUCAGCAAGUAUUAUUUAUUCAUUAGAAGGAAGUUUAACAAAACUCCUUCUUGUUAGUGGUCAAUUAGUUAUACAUUCAAGUAUAGCUUGUUUAUCAGCUGUUAUUCGUUUAUCAAAAAAUACUCAACUUGUUAAAGAUGUUUUUAUACGAUAUCAUUCUAUUGUUGUUCAAUGUCAACAAAAAAUUUUAGAAAAACCUAAUGAAGAAUUUAAAGGAAGUGCACAAUUAGCUCGAUCAAUUUAUAUUUUAGGAGUUUUAUGUAAAUAUUUUGAUGUAGAAAAAAAUGAAUUUGAUGAUCUUGAGUUUUCUGUGGAUGAUCUCUUUCAAUUAUUUAUAUUUCUUGUUCAACGACCUGAAUCAGUUGUUAAAUUAAAAUCUCUUGUUGGUCUUGGUUUUUUUUUACAACGUUAUGGACAAUAUCUUAUACGUGAUACAGUUCGUCAAUUAUAUCAUACAUAUUUACUUGAUCGUCGUCCAGAAGCUGCACAAUUACGUUGUCAAGUUUUAAUAAAUUUAGAAGAAUAUUUUCGUGAUUGUAUACGUCGUAUGGCUGAACAAGAUGUUGAUUAUCUUCAUAUAACAUCAACAGUAAAUUCAACAACAACAACAACAACAACAACAACAACAACACAUGAUGAUGAAAAUAGCAAUGAUGCUAGUGGUCCAACAGGUGCUAGUCUUAAAGAUACAACUGAUGUACAUUCAGAAAUGGCUAGUUCAAUAGCACAAUGUUAUUUACGUAUUGUAUUAGAUACAUAUUUAAGUGAAGAUGAAACAAUUCGACAAUGUGUACGAAAAGUUGUAACAUGUAUAUUAGAACAAGGUCUUGUACAUCCUGUACAAUUUAUUCCAUAUCUUAUUGCAAUGACAACUGAUCGUGAUACAACAAUACAACAAAGUGCUGAACAAAAUUUACAAGAUUUAGAUAAAACAAAUCCAGGUAUUAUACAAACAAAAGUUAUGCAUGGAUUUAAAAUGAGUUAUCAAUUACAAAAAUUACUUGCUAUAGCAAAUAAUAAUAAAAAUAAUAAUCAACAAUUAAAUUUACAAUUUGAUAUUAUUAGAGGCAUGACAAAAGUAGCAGUAGCUCCCACAAAUAAUCAACAAUCACCAUAUUGUUCAGUAAAUCAUUUUCUUUAUUCAUUAAUUCGUUCAUCACGUGUUUAUCGUCGUGGUUUAAUAUCUCAAUUAUUAAAAAUGUUUGAUAAUGAUACAACAACAACAACAUCAACAACACUUGAAGAACAAUUAUUUGUUGCUGAUAAUUUAGCUUAUUUUCCAUAUCAAGUACAAGAUGAACCAUUAUAUUUAAUUGAACAAAUUGAUUUAACAGUUAGUGUUAGUGGUUCAACACAAUUACAACAAUUUCGUGAUUUAUUAAAACAAUAUUUAGAUUAUAUUGAUGAUGAUGAAGGUAUUGAUAUAAAUAAAUUAGAAGAUAAAUUUUUAAAUUUAUCUGAUACAAUUAUUGAUGAAUUAAAUCAAUGUUUACGUACAUCAAAAUCUACUAUGUUAUUAUUAUUAUUAAAAUCUUAUCUUAAAGAUGUUUAUAGUUUAAAUGAUACAAAAAUAACUGAAUAUGAUCAUACUGAAAGUAGUAAAAUAACAGAUCGACCUAUAAUAUCACGUAAAGUAAAUGUUAAAUUUGAACCAAAAAUAAUUCUUGAUACAAUAAAACCAUCAAAUCAUAUCGAUAAUAUUCAACGACGUAAACAAAUUUUAAAAGAUUUUGCUGAUUUUAAACGUUAUUUACUUGCAUUUGAUACAGAUACAGAUGAUACAGUACAAACUAUAUCAGAAUUAUUACCAACAACAUCAUUAACAUCAAAAACUAAGAAAAAACCUGGUGGAACAAAUAAACGACGAAAAGUUAUGAUCGAUUCAGAUGAUGACAGUGCCGAUGGCAAUUUUCAGCCAUAG